UUAGGGGUCCUAUGGGGAUCCUGCAGGAGCUAUGGACGGGAGAGAGAAUCGCCCCACAAGUCAAAACAAGCUAUCAGUAUGUGUUUGACCUCUGCAAAAGGCUUGAAGAGACUAUGGCACUGGCAAGACAGAAUUUAGAAGGAGCUCAGAGCCAGUACAAAAAGCACUAUGACCGCAAGUCGAAGGCCCGUUCGUUCAAAGCAGGCGAUGAAGUGCUGGUUCUCCUGCCGGCGACCCACAAUAAACUCUUAAAGCAGUGGAAGGCGCCUCUGACUGUGGAAACUUGUCGGGAUAACAUAUACCAGCUGAAGGUGGGCAACAAAUUGAAGACCUUCCAUGCUAACCUCCUGAAAGGUUAUGUCAGACGUGCAGACCGUGCAGCCGACCAGCAACGGACCAUUACUAGUGACAACUCCGACAUGGACUCCCCCUCAACUCAUAACAUUGAGAAUGCUACGGCUGCAGUAAUCGAGUGGGAGGAGACCAACAGUGAGAGUGCAAUCUCGGGAGAUCUCCUAGAGGCCCUCGAUCGGAGAGACUCAAGCCCACAAGGUCAAAUUGAGAUGGGACGACAGUUAACCCAGCUCCAGCGCACUGAACUGUGGAACUUAACUGAACAAUAUCCCGAUAUGUUUUCUGGGUCCCAGGGGUAACCGACCUCAUCACCCAUCAUAU